ACGGUCUAGAAAGUCUCUCACGGCGUGGCUUCGUUCUCUUCGUUGUCGAGCGGCGUAGUGGGUGCCACCACUUUUCGAGGACGACUACGAAACGAGCUGCUACGUAUCUAGCGCGAAGGCGAAGGAGAGGAAAGAGGAGGCUUCGAUCGGUAGACGUGCCUUCCUCUGAUCAUCCUCAACCAGUCUCACGCGUAAUAGAAAAUAUGGCGGGAACGGAGACGCCAAACGUAAAGUCCGACAUAACGAACCCAUCCUCUGAGACAAACGAAAAUAAUGCAAGAGAAAGGAACGUUCAAGGCGGAGGUGGAGGUGGCGGUGGAGGUGGUGGAGGAGGAGGAGGUGGCGGCGGCGGUGGCGGCGGAAGUAACCGUGGACCUCGUGGUAGAAAAGGAGGUACAAGAUUUUCCGGCGGACGUGGCGGUGGAAUGAUGGGUGGAAGAAACGAUGGACCGAUGAAAAUGAGUGAUUCCAUGAUAGAUGGUGGCUUAGAUAAUACAAUGUCGGAAGGAAUGGAGGUAUGGGGAAUGGGUGGUAUGGGUGGUAUGGGAGCUCGUGGAGGCGGUAUGCGUGGUGGUAGAGGCGGCAGAGGUGGAGACCGAAAUAUGGGAAAUCGUUCUCAAGAUGAUCGAUUAAUGGAACGGAUAAUGGCUAUAAGUGGCCCUACACAUGAGUUGCCACCUCAAGAAACUGCAGAAAAGAAAUUCAGUGGUCGUAAUCGCUUAUAUAUUGGUAAUCUUACAAAUGAUGUUACCGAAGAAGAAAUCCAGGCGAUGUUCGCACAGUAUGGUGAAAUAUCCGAACUAUUUGUGAACAAGGAAAAGAAUUUUGCAUUUCUUAGAAUGGAUUAUCGAGUAAAUGCAGAAAAAGCAAAACAUGAGUUAGAUGGAACUAUGCGUAAAGGUCGUGCUCUUAAAGUACGAUUCGCUCCUCAUUCUUCUACGAUAAAAAUAAAGAAUCUCACUCCAUGGAUUUCGAAUGAAUUGCUAGAGAGGGCAUUCAGUGUAUUUGGAGAAAUUGAACGUGCAAUCGUUAUUGUUGACGAUAGAGGGAAGUCUACAGGUGAAGGUAUCGUUGAAUACUGCAGAAAACCAUCAGCGCAACUUGCUUUGAGAAAAUGUACGGAAGGGUGUUAUUUCCUUACUGCAUCUCUUCGGCCUGUAGUUGUCGAACCUUUUGAACAACAAGACGAUAUCGAUGGUUAUCCUGAUAAAAAUUUACCACGUAAGAAUCCCGAAUUUUUCAAGGCUCGUGAAAUUGGACCAAGAUUCGCGCAAAUAGGUAGUUUUGAACACGAAUAUGGAACAAGGUGGAAACAGUUACAUGAAUUAUAUAAGCAAAAAGAAGAAGCACUAAAACGAGAAAUGGCAAUGGAAGAAGAAAAAUUAGAAGCUCAAAUGGAAUUUGCAAGAUAUGAGCAUGAAACUGAAUUACUUAGAGAACAAUUACGUAUGCGUGAAGCUGAUAGAGAAAGACAGAAGAGAGAAUGGGAAAUGAAGGAACGACAAGCGGAAGAACAGAGAACACGAGAAGAAGAAUUAAGGAGACGUCAACAAGAAGAAAUGGCGAUCCGUAUAAGACGGCAAGAAGAAGAACUACACAGGCGACAACAAGAAAAUAAUUUGUUCAUGCAGGGCUCUGCUCCUUUUAUUUUUAAGGAGCAAGCGAUGAGAGGUGGUGGUGCAGGCGGCGGUGGUGGUGGUGGUCUCGGAGGCGGAAAGAAUUAUGAUUCCGUUAGUAAUAGUGAUCGCGACGGUUAUGGCCAACCAGACGGUGGAAGCAGUAUGCCAGUGGAUCCAAAGUCGUUUAUGGACGCAUACAAUAACAUGGAUCGUGGUAGUCGCGGUGGCUAUAGCGACGAUCGGGGACAAAUCAUGGAUUUGAUGGAUAUGAGAGUAGAUAUGAGUAAUAUGGGUGGCGGUCGUGGUGGUAGUGGCGGAGGUGGACGUUGGCAAGGAAACGAUCGAAAUCGUCAAGACGAUUAUCCUAAUAAAAGGAGACGUUAUUAGAAAGAGAAAGAAAAGUAUGAAAUAAAAUUUAAGAUAGAAAAGCAAAAGCGAAAACAAAGAAGAAAAGAUAAAAAAGCAAAACAAAAACCGCGUAAAAUAUUACACCUUUCUUCUCCAUAUCUCUAUCUUUAAUAUCUCUUUCGAGACAUACAUACAGAUCAUUUUCGUUGUGCGAUUCGCUUCAUUCUUGAUACUAUUUCUCUUUCUAUCUCUCUCUUUCUCUCUCUAUUUCUAUCACUAUUUCUAUCUAUCUUUUAUAAUGACUGGAAUAUAUAUAUGUGUGUAUUAUAUAUAUAUAUAUGUGUGUGUGUGUGUGUUAUAUAUACAUAUAUAUAUAUAUAUAUAAACCGAUGAAUGAAUAAACUCUUUAUCUAUCUCUUUCUUACUAUCUAUCGGAAUCUAAAGAAGUACAUCAUGCCUCUUACGUCCGAUAUAAAUAAUGAAACGAAGGGAAAGAAAAUUAGUCUUCUUUAGAAUCGAUGAACAACGAUAUGUAGGGAAGAAAGGGAAGAUUAGAAAAAAGUGUCAGAUAUAUCGUCCGCAUAUGAAAAAAAGGAGGAAAAAAUGAAUACAAAAAUAUUGAAAAAAAAAGGAAAAAAAAA